UGGGCCGGCUCCCCGGUAGUAUCGAUCGGGCGUGUUGUGGAAACGGGUGUAAACAACGGUUUGUGCUGCUCUUCGGUGUAGAUAAGUGAGGACUCCAACACCUGGGAAGUGUUGUGCAGAGUGCACCGAAGAAUUUAUCCGAAAUUAUGAAAGUGGUGGCACUUUGUCUUUACAUUUUGGUGAUUGCGUGGGUGAAAGUAAGCUCUCGACCGACGACGAACGAAGAAUAUCAGAAGAUUGAAAUCGAUUCGAUCCUGAACGCAAAAGAAGGCAAUGGAACGAUCUAUUUACAUGUGCUCUCCGAUGGGACGAUGCUUCUGCGGAAGACCUAUAGCAAAGUGGUGAAUGGCUAUGAAGUCAGGGUUGAAGAAGGGUCAUACUCAUUCAUCGGUCCAGACAAGCUUCUCUACAAGACCACCUACAUUGCAGACGAACGAGGCUAUCGGGCAAAAACUUCAUUUUCCAAUGCAACCGCAACCUUUGUGGAAGAUUCGAUAGACCCCAAAGUACUCAUUUCUCUUCUCGGUUAAUAAUGCAUGCACCAAUGAGACUGCAAAGACCUAAAUUAAAAUAAACCCUCAAUUUCAAAUAAAUACAACAAAAAGAAA